AUGGAGAGGUUAAAAACUUAAGAGGAGAUAGAAAGUAUUUUAGAUGAUACAUUUUAUAUUAUAUCUACUAUUAGAGAUCCUGAAUUCCCUUAAACACUAGGAGAUCUCAACGUCAUACAGAGAGAAAAUCUUCGCUUUUAACAAGUUUAAAUAAGUAGCGGAUAAAAAAGAAAUGAAAUUUAUUUAGGAAUCAUUUAAAUAAUUUGGGUACCUACUGUCCCUCAUUGCCAUCUCGCUUCUUAAAUUGGGUUAUCUAUAAUUACAAAAUUACAACAAGAACUUCCUAAUUAUGAUGAAUAUAAAAUCGAAAUACUUGUUAAAGAAGGUACUCAUUAAGAUAAACAUUAACUAGACAAGUAAAUAAACGAUAAAGAAAGAGUGUGUGCAGCCUAAGAAAACGAGCACCUGAUGCAAUUUAUUUAAAAUUUAAUCUCUUAUGAAUGA